CCUUUCGCGACGAACUAAAGAAAAUUAAAAAUAAAUAGUCAUUAUUAUUUUUUAGGGAAAAUCUUUCCGGAAAUUGUGCAAAAACUGAAUGGAUUUAUUAUAAACCGAAGAAAAUGAGCUGCAAACGUUAUAAUGUGACAAAAAUCUGUUUUGUACUUACCAUAGAUGACUAAUACAUAGAAAAUGAAUAAAAUAUCCACUUCCACGCCUCAAAAGCAGCAUCAUAAGGAUGUUGCUACAACAGAAUCUGUAACUUUAGGAGAACUGAGUGGCCUUUUUGAUAGCGACACAAGCAACGUUUUUGACGAUACUACCGGAUCAGUAAAUCUCGCUAAUAGUAAUGGCAAUUUUAAGCAAGCGGAUAGAAAAAUUCACAGAUCGAAUUCAGCCUCAAAUAGUCCCGUAGCGGCACGGCACAUAAAUACAGGUUCAUUAACACGUUUACGUCCCCAAUCUAGUUACUCGGCACGCGUUCUAAUAUUUGAUGAUUCAGAUCAGGAUUUGGAUAGUACUAAAAGCGGCGGUAGCGUUUGUAGUGGUGGUGUUAACACAAUUACUAAUGAUAACACUACGAAAUCUUCCUCAGGCUUGGAUAUUUUAGCGUGCUCACCAAAACAUGAUUCAUCAGUGUCAUCAUCUCAGUCGAUUUUGCGUAAUUUAAACAUAACGAAAUCCUCCUCGGGUGGUUUAACGGCCAGCUCAAUAUCUUUGCCAGCACGGGGUUACGGUGCUCUGUUACGGAAAAUUUCCUACCAUCAGCAUUCGUAUUCUUUGCGCGCCGCGAGUAAUGAUUCGUCUAAUUUGGUACGUCUGCGUAACACUUCCUUGGGUAAGUCGGCUCCUUGCUUAACGGGCAGUUCAUUUCGUGAGCGAGAAUCAAGUUUAUGUUUGGCCCCGGCGUUGCACAAUCUCACACAGUCACCAUCCUCGUCAUCUUGCAACGCUCAAACGUCCGGUUUAACUCCUUCAACUAAUAGCAGCGGUCAUAUGGCUGCUAAUGCAGGAUCUCAUAAUAUAUCACGCUCGGGAAGUUGCGCUGGGCUUGGUAUUGGAAAGCAUCAUUUGUAUGGUGUAGUUAUGCGCGGCAGCAGUUCGUCCAGCGGUGUGGCGCACCAUCGCCUUAGCUUGGUUACAGGAGUUGCUGCUGUUGCUGCGGCUGCUGCGGGCAAUUCGCGUUCGCAUUCGCCUUAUUCAGCCAGUCCACUUGACAGUCCAUGCAUAAAUUCCCCCAUGCAGUUCGCCUUUGCCCCCAUUAAACGCAUAGCCAGUUGUAAGGGAGAUGGUCGACGUUGGUCGGUAGCAUCACUACCUUCUUCAGGUUACGGCACCACACCUGGAAGCUCAAAUUUAUCGAGUCAAUGCUCCAGUCAAGAGGCUUUGCAUCAACUUCCUAAUUUACCCACCAAUGAAGAGCUGACAAUACUACAUGGCGAAGUUACGAAUAAGGUAAUAAAUUGCUGUGUCGAACAUAUGCAACAACAGCAAAAAGCGGUGACUGCUAUCACAAAUCGUCCUCACUGUGUGAAACAUUGCGCUUUGUUAUUGGCCGCAUCUAAUAUUGCAAUAAAACCAGGCACAAUUGCAACAACAACGAAUAAACCAACCGUCCAUGGACAGGCUAGCCCAAAACAACUGAAGCAUGUGCCAGCUCAAACGCAUAAUCAUUUGCAUCAUCAUACACCCAUACAACAGAAAUCAUGUCCCAAUUGCUGCGUUGAGGUUAGUUUGGUUUGCGGGGGAAACAGUGGCAACAACAAAGAAAGUGGCAAUUCAAGUAGUAAUAAUGAUCGUAUAUCGCCCAUCCAUAGGCCGCGUUCUCGAUCGCUGUCAUCUCCGUCGCGUUCGCCUGCUUUAGAUAACGAAAUUGCGAUGAUGAAUACUUUGUAUAAAGAACGUUUCCCAAAAGCCACUCAGCAAAUGGAGGAGCGUUUAAAACAUUUUAUCAAUGAAAAUAAAAGCGCAGCUUGUAACAGUUUUAGAGAUUCUCAGCCAAUAGUAAGAUUCGUCCACCAUCAGGUUUUGGAGAUGGCUCGUGAUUGCUUAAAUAAGUCAGAAGCUAAAUUAAUAACAUCACGUUAUUUUUAUGAAAUGAGCGAAAAUUUGGAACGUUUGCUUUUGGAAACUAAAGAGAAAUCACCGGAUGCUGCUGUUGAGUUAGCCGGCGUUAUUAAGAAGCUGCUUUUGAUCAUUUCACGUCCGGCCAGAUUGUUAGAGUGUUUAGAGUUUGAUCCUGAAGAGUUUUACAAUCUGCUGGAAGUUGCUGAAGGUCAAGCCAAAGCAAUACAAGGAAUUAAAGCCGACAUACCGCAGUAUAUAAUUCAUAAGCUAGGAUUAAAUCGCGAUCCCAUAGCAGAAAUGCAGCAAGAAGCAAAAGAGACGCGCGAAGUGUGCGACGAAAAAGGCUCCUCAACGUUCAACGAUAAUAGUGGUUUAUUAAAUGAUUCUGAUACACCGUGUUCAUUAUUGCUAAGCUCGCCUUUGACGUGUGUUUCAGCAACGCUGAAUCCGAACGCUGAAAUUAAUUUCUUGGCUAGAAGCGGUACAAGUACGCCCCAUCCGCCUAUGCCUACCCAACCGCCACAAACACCAGUGGCCACGAGCGAAAUACCUUCUUUUGCAGCUGCUUUAAAAGCUCAGAAUGCAGAGCAUCAAUUAGCGGGAAACGAACGGCAGAAGCAACUACAUAUACAGCAGACCCCAUUACCUUCCGUAUCACCCCAGCAACCGCAACAGCCUAUACCCAGUGAACAUGAUUUUGACAUAGUGAAAUUAAUUUCGAACGGUGCUUAUGGUGCCGUUUAUUUGGUAAAACAUAAAACUACACGUCAACGUUUCGCUAUGAAGAAAAUCAAUAAAAACAAUCUCAUUUUACGUAAUCAAGUUGAACAGGUAUUUGCUGAACGGGAUAUCUUAUCUUUUGCCGAUAAUCCAUUUGUUGUGAGCAUGUAUUGUUCGUUUGAAACUAAAAAGCAUUUAUGUUUAGUAAUGGAAUAUGUAGAGGGGGGCGAUUGUGCUACGCUAUUAAAGAAUAUAGGUCCGUUGCCAGCUGAUAUGGCUCGUUUUUAUUUCGCCGAAACAGUUCUUGCAGUUGAAUAUUUGCAUAGUUAUGGGAUCGUUCAUCGUGAUUUAAAACCGGAUAAUCUACUUAUAACGGCCUUGGGUCACAUCAAAUUAACAGACUUUGGUCUAUCCAAAAUGGGUUUGAUGUCGUUAGCUACGAAUCUUUAUGAGGGUUAUAUUGAUUCAGAAACUAGGCAAUUUUCAGAUAAACAGGUCUAUGGAACACCUGAAUAUAUAGCGCCUGAAGUAAUUUUACGUCAAGGUUAUGGCAAACCAGUAGAUUGGUGGUCUAUGGGCAUAAUUUUGUAUGAAUUCUUGAUCGGGUGUGUCCCGUUUUUCGGCGACACUGCCGAAGAGUUAUUUGCCCAUACUGUUAACGAUGACAUUGAAUGGCCUGAUAAUGACGAUUGGCCUGUGCAACCCGAAGCUAAAGAUUUGAUUACUCAAUUGUUGCAACAAAAUCCGCGAGAUCGCUUAGGUACUCACGGCGGAGCUAACGAAGUGAAAGAACACUUUUAUUUUGAUGGCUUGGAUUGGAAUUCUUUAUUGAGGCAAAAGGCAGAAUUUGUGCCACAGCUAGCUAAUGAAGAUGAUACCAGCUAUUUUGAUACUCGAAUGGAUCGUUACAAUCAUGAUCUAGCUGGAGACGACACGGAUGACACUGACGACAUACCAGUAUUUGGUUCAUUUUCUUCUUAUACGCCUCAGUAUCGCAAGCAACAUUAUUCGUGGUCUCGCGCAAUUAGCACAACCUCCAUAAAUACAGUUUCAAUAGCUAACAGCUCUACCGGCUUAAUAACGUCGACUGUAUCUCCUACCACUUUAACCACAAGUGGAGUGACCACGAGAGCGUUGGUAUCGGAGAGUAUAACGUCGACGACAAAUACCUGUAAUACUGUAGUGAAAUGUCCAAAAAUUUCUCCAUCUUCAACUUCACAUCAGCAAAUGGUUAAUAAGCUAUUGAAUACACCGCAAUUAAGAAAAAUUGAGCAUUCUACUUGUUGUCUGAAAGUACCUUCUACGCCAGACACAGACUACUUCCCUGAUUUGUUGAAUAAUAUGGCUUUUAGCAAUGACAACGACCUAUGUACGCUUAAUCAACAGUUUUUGCAAUCGUCGAAUCAAACAAAACCGAUUUCUAAAGAAAAAGUUACAACAGAUGGACAGUUGCUUAAAGUAGAAGAAAGAAGCCACUACUACAGUAUGCCAGUAAGCACAACAGCUGCUAUAAAGGCACCAGCCACACCGCCAGCAGUUACAACAAAAACCUGUAUGGUUGAACCAACUGGCGCUGUGGAUGAUGCAGCUACUCUAGUAUCUGUCGUUAGUUGUAUAAAGACUACAAUAACGACUCCAACCACCGAUCAUCGUAAGUUGUCUGACACUCAUAAAUCACUGGCAGUAGCUAGCAGCAGUGUUUUGACGGCGCGUAGCACACCGGAAUCAUCUCAGACCGAUAGCGAUGAUUUUUCACCGCAAAUAGCACGCAAACGAAAAGGCGUUUGUGCUCGGGACAUAUUACCACGGUUCUCAGUUUCCAUAGAAGAUGAAACCAUUAGUGGCGGUUCGUCGUCUAAUGAGAAUACGCGUGAACAGUCACCUUUGGCUUUGCAACAGCAAAAAUCAAUGGACAGUCAUCUUGGUUUGAAAAAUCAUCGUUCGCGGUCUUCAAUUGUUAAAUCUGCCUCAGCUUUGGGCUUGUCUUUAACAUCAACAGCGAUCGAUAAUGCACAAUUGGCGCAACAAUUGUGUAAUAUUACAGCUGAUAUACAAUCUCCUGGUAGUGGUAAUGGCGGUGGUGGCUCGAGUACUGCUUCGUCUAGAGACACGUCGCCUUGUCGUGAGCUUUCACCGCUUGUUACUAAUUUGAAACCGCCUAUAAUCAUUAGAAGAGGUCCUCGAGGCUUUGGGUUCACCGUGCACACUAUACGUGUUUAUUAUGGCGAUACAGAUUUCUACACAAUGCAUCAUUUGGUGAUGGCGGUGGAUGAAGGCAGCCCCGCUUUUGAGGCUGGUCUAAGACCAGCUGAUUUGAUAACACACGUAAAUGGAGAAACAGUGCAGGGUCUAUUUCACACUCAAGUAUUGCAGUUAUUAUUAAGCGGAGGAGAACAUGUCACUUUAAGGGCCACGCCCUUGGAGCAUACUAGCAUACAAAGUGGAGGUCGUAAACGUGAUUUGAUGCAAAGCAAAUUAGCAAAAAAGGGUGUUAAUCGGCAAAAAAAACAAACGAAAAAAGAACAUGACAAGAAACGGAAAACGUCCCUGUUUCGACGUAUCAGUACCAAAAGAGCUUCAGCUGAAAUACAACAGAUUGCUGCUGGUAUUGGCUCUCCCACUACACCUUCAGCUAUAGCCGCUGUCUCUAGUGGCAGUGUUAUUGUCGCCGCUAUAGCCUCAAGAAAUCUUUCAUCCAUGGAUUCAUCAUAUCACAGCAGUAGUUGUUGUCAAUCGGCAACUACUUCAUCGCAAUCUACUUCUCCUUCUUCAUCGUCUGCGAACACACCAACCGGUUGCAUAAAUGCCAUAACAGCCAACAGCAACCAAGGUUUCGGCAACACUUCCAAUGCUGUACUUUUGCCCAUAGCCGGUUCCGUACAAGCAGCACCUACGACUGUAGGACCAGUUGCAGUUAUGGUAUCCCCCACUUCGGUACCUCAACUUUAUCAACGGCCUUCUACACUUCAUGGCUUGAAACAUAAACUGCAUACCGGUUGUAGUGGCAGCAAUGCCAUCUGUCCUACUGGUAGCAGCGUCAAGUCAUUACAUAGUAGCGCGUCUGCUCCUUUGCCUAAUAGGCGCAAAUCGGUGGGUCAUAUUCCGUUGUCGCCGCUAGCUCGCACGCCUUCACCAUCUCCUUUACCCUCCUCCCCUACCCGUUCCCCAUCACCUUUAGCUUUCCCUCUUAUCGGACAUCAGCCGGGCGCUUCGAAUACUACUCAAUCAUAUAGUCCUGGCGGGUCGCUGCCAGUGGUGCAAACUGUAACGGCAGAUCGUUUACAUCCACGCAGUGCUGAAUCCAAAUGUACUUUAAUAUCACCGCUCUGUUGUUCACCACCGAUUAAACAGCAGCAACGCGUAAUUGGCGGUGUUUGGCGACCAAUCACUACUUCCAAUACAUCAAAUGGACCGUCUGCCACUCUACCGGCGAUUGGCUCUUUACAGAAUUCGCCUCAACAAAUAUCACAAUCGCAAGGUUCGAGUACACGUGCAUUGGAUGGAUGUGAUAAUGCUAAUGUAGUUUGCGCAGAUGAUAAUACGAUCGUCUCUUGCGAAGUGGGACAAUCUAAUCAAGUAGUGGUUACUUCUUCGGGUAUUACCUUGCCUGGUGAAAUGUUGCCACGUAUAGCUGAAGAAAAAGACUCGCCAACUAGCAUCACCGACUCUACGUCAGGUUUUAUGCAAACUAUCGAUGAACAAGAUGUCGAAUCUAUGAAUAGCGCUAAAUGCGAAUUCACCGAUUUGUCAGUCAAGAAAAUAGAGAAGAAAAUAAAUGCACUUUCAAAAGGUGCAGGCGGCGGUGGUGAUGGUCUAUAUAAAACCAAACGUAAUGAAACCACAAACGCAACUGUAAAAUCCAGUAAAAUCGCCAUGUUUCAUAUUAGUGUAAGUGCUGAUAAAGUAUCAAUGGACAAUACAGCAAAUAAAUGCUUUGAUGUUAGCUAUAAAACAAUGGUUAAAAAUUCUCCUAUCAACACACUCAACACCUUAAGAGUAGUUGGAAAACCUGGAACACCAAUUAGAAAACAAACUGUUAUUACAACCGAAGACCCGAUAACCUUCAAUACGACAAAAACUACACUAUUAACUGUAGCACCACCAACAACAACAAUAACAGCAACAAUAAUAACAGCAGCAGCAGCAACAACAACAACAACAACAACAACAACAACAACAACAGCAACA